AUGGAUUUACCUGAUCCGUAUUUGCCAGGUGCAAUUAGCCUUCUGGAACAACUCGACAAGAAACUGCUGGUGGUACUUCGUGAUGGACGUACUCUAAUUGGGUAUUUGAGGACAAUCGAUCAGUUUGCUAAUCUGGUGCUACACGAAACACUUGAGAGAAUAUAUGUUGAUAAGUUUUAUGGCGACAUUCACCGUGGAAUAUUUUUAAUUCGUGGUGAGAAUGUUGUACUUGUCGGGGAAAUAGACGAGGAGAAGGACAAAAAUACAGGGUUAACUUCAGUAUCUCUUGACGAAAUCCUCUCCUUGCAACGCGAGAAGGCAGAAGAGAAGGAACGUUUUGAGGAGGCGAGAAACAGGGCAAUGAAAGGACGGGGCAGGAUCCCUACUAGGCAAUCAGAAAUGAUUUUGGACGACCAGUAA